AUGUCCCACCUCUCCUACUUCAACGAUCCCGCCGCCGGAAAACACCUCCGCGAAGCCUACAACUUCUCCCAAUCCGUCCGCGUCGGCCCAAACAUCCACCUCUCCGGCCAAGGCGGCUGGAACGAGAAACUGGAGUUUUCCUCCGACUUGAGCGAACAUCUCGAGCAAGCUUACCUGAAUAUCGAGACUGCGUUGAGGGCGGCUGGGGUUGAGAGGGGGUGGGAGGGGGUUUGGAGUGUGAGGAGUUAUCAUUGUCCGAUGAAUGAGGAGGCUUUUGAUAAGAUGGUCGAGCUGAAUAAGAAGUACAUGCCCAAUCAUGCACCGAUUUGGACCUGUGUUGGGGUCGCUGCAUUGGCUUUGCCGCCGAUGAUGGUGGAGAUUGAGGUCGUUGCUCAUAUACAGGAAUGA